AUGUUCGGUUCACCUGGUACACACCCCACGACGUACGAGCAGGAACGUGCUCGGGUUGGCAACGACUGGUCAACCUACUAUGCAAGCCAUCCUGACUUGCGUGGCAUUCCCGGGCUCGUGUUCCGAGGAACCCCUGGGCAGCCUGUUUCGAAUGGCGGUUGGGACGCCUUCGGACUCUUUUUCGACGGCAUCAGGGCCCCAUCCAAGGAGAAUCAACUCAAGGUUGCGUCAACCGCACGGAAUUAUUUCCAAAUCCUGUACAUGUGGCUUACCAGGAUCCCGGCUCAAGGACUCAUUGACCAAAACUUUCUUACAACGUUCGGAACUGACUAUGCCCAACGUUACAACAAGGACCCGCAGGCCUGCUGUUCUGAAGACAAUUUUAUCGUCAUGAUUACGUUUAUUGAGGCCAGGAAGGAAGCGACCGGCCGGCUCGUGGACCCUUCAGGUUUCGAAAGGCUUCUUCACUUUCUUGAUUUAUGUAUCAGGGAGACCAAGGAGCGUUUGUGGGACCUGCCACCCCGAAUACGAAAUGUUAUCGGUGAGACUACCUCAUCUUUGACACCAAAGUUUAGGGUCAGACUAACGAGAUGA